AUGUCCGUUUCAAACGUCCCUUUCGGCGACCCCUUGUGGUUGAAUCGCGUCUACAGCCCUUACUACAAGGACUCCCAUCGUCGCCUACAGGCAGAGGUCCGCGCCUAUGUAGACACACAUAUUGCACCAUUCUGCGAAGAAUGGGAGAAGGCCGGCGUUGUGCCACCGGAGGUUCAUGAAAGACAUGCCGAGCUGGGAUACACCGCCGUCAGCGCAUUUCCACUGGCAGUGGACUGCCUAGAAGGACAACGCCUCCCGGCGAGCAUCCCACCCCACGAAUGGGAUGCAUUCCAUGACCUCGUCGUCAUUGACGAACUGGCCCGCUGCGGAUACCUUGGUAUCAUCUGGGCACUGGGGUGUGGAAACUCCAUCGGCGCGCCCCCGGUAAUCAACUUUGGAUCCGAAGAACAGAAACGCCGGUUCCUGCCAGACAUGUUGCAGGGACGCACGAGGUUUUGUCUUGGGGUUACUGAGCCCGAUGCGGGCUCUGAUGUGGCGGGAAUCUGCACCACUGCGGAGAGGCGCGGAGAUGUGUAUAUUGUCAACGGCGCAAAGAAGUGGAUCACGAACGGUAUCUUCGCUGAUUAUUGCACUGCGGCUGUCCGAACGGGAGGACCAGGCAUCCAAGGCGUCUCUGCGCUUGUCAUUCCAUUGAACGCCAAAGGCGUGAUGCGCAGAAAGAUCGAGAACUCUGGCGUUAACGCAAGUGGAUCGACAUACAUCGAAUUUGACCAGGUAGAGGUGCCGGUUUCCAAUCUCCUAGGCCAGGAGAACAAAGGCUUCCCGAUCAUCAUGAGCAAUUUCAACCAUGAACGCCUGUGGCUCGCCUGCACGUCGCUGCGUAUGGCCCGGGUCUGCGCAGAGGAUGCCUAUCGACACGCCAUCAACCGGGAAACAUUCGGCAAGAAGCUGAUUGAAAACCAAGUGAUCCGGGCGAAGUUCAGCGUAAUGGGUCGCAGCCUGGAUUCUACAUACGCCUGGAUGGAACAGUUGGUAUACAUGGCCCAGAUGGCGCAGAAGGAUGGACGAGAUGCAGCAAUGGGCGGGCUAUUCGCCAACCUGAAGGUUCUAGCGGGACGGACGCUUGAGAUGGUCAACCGCGAGGCUCAGCAGGUGAUGGGGGGCUUGGGAUAUUCCAAGAACGGCCGCGGCGCAAGAAUCGAACAGGUCAGCCGCGAUGUACGCGUGAUGGUGGUUGGAGGAGGAAGCGAGGAGAUCUUGACCGAUCUCAGUAUCAACCAAGAGAUUAAGGCCAUGAAGGCGAUGGAGAGAAUGGAGAAGGACAUGCUGGCUGAGAAUCCUUGA